AAUAGUUUGUAUAAUAAUAAGUUUUAUUUAUCUAAUAAUGAAAAAAGAAAUAAUAGUAAUGAUGAAGCAUUACCUUCAAUAUUUACUUCAAAUUUGAAAAAUAAUCAAAAGGAAGAAGUUGAAAAAGCUCAGUGUUUAUUUAAAAAAUAUAAUACAGAGUAUUUGUGA